UUUCUUUUCUCUUCUCGUCAGGAAUCGGGGCACGGUAAUAUUCAUUUGGUGAAAUUGACGAGAUUACUGAGGCUGGCCCGAUUGCUUCAAAAGAUGGACAGGUACUCGCAGUACAGCGCCGUGAUUCUGACCAUGUUGAUGCUGUUCUUCAUCCUGGUGGCGCAUUGGUUGGCCUGUAUCUGGUUCGUUAUCGCUGAAAAAGAGAGAUUGAGAAACGACAACGAUUGGGACCUCGGUUGGAUUCACACGUUGGCGGAAAAAUUGAAGAUUUCGGUGGAGAACGUAACCCACGCGGAAAGUUACAUCACCGCGUUGUAUUUCACGUGCAGUAGCCUGACAUCGGUAGGAUUUGGAAAUGUUUCGGCCAAUACAUUCUCCGAGAAGUUCUUCUCAAUUUGCACGAUGCUCAUUGGUGGUCAGUAAAUAAUCAUCGAUCAAUAAUGUGUAUAUACCGUUAUUCCGUAGUAAGGAUUAUCGAUUUAAUUAAAAUCGAUUGCCGCACGCUUGUCUUUUUUUUUUUCUUUCGAUCACU